CCUCCCCCCGCCCCUCCCCUCCCCUCCCCUCCCGCCCGCCCGGCCGCAGCCCUGCGGAGCGCCGAGCGCCGAGCCCGGGCCUCCCGGGGGCGCGCAGCCUGCUCGCGGCGCCCGGAGGACCGCGGCUCUCCCGGCAGAGACCGAGGAAACUGAAGAACGCAGAGAUCAAGGAAACUGAAGAACGCUGAGGACAGGUGGAUGGGCUCCAUUGGUAGGCUCCACUAUCUCACCAUGACCACGGAAAAUCCGAUGCCAGGAGACCUGGCUCCAGCCCCCCUCGUCACUUGCAAACUCUGCCUGUGUGAACAGUCCCUGGACAAGAUGACCACACUCCAGGAAUGCCGGUGCAUCUUCUGUACCGCUUGCUUGAAACAGUACCUGCAGCUGGCAAUCCGAGAAGGAUGUGGGUCUCCCAUUGCCUGCCCUGACACAGUGUGCCUAAACCACGGGACCCUGCAGGAAGCAGAGAUUGCCUGCUUGGUGCCCAUGGAUCAGUUUCAGCUUUAUCAGCGGUUAAAAUUUGAAAGAGAAGUUCACUUGGACCCCUACAGAACAUGGUGUCCUGUUGCAGACUGUCAGACGGUGUGCCCUGUUGCAUCAAGUGACCCCGGACAGCCUGUGCAGGUGGAGUGUCCUUCUUGUCACCUGAAGUUCUGCUCAUGUUGCAAGGAUGCUUGGCAUGCAGAAGUUUCCUGUAGAGAUAGUCAGCCUGUUGUCCUGCCAACAGAGCACGGGGCCCUCUUUGGGACAGACGCAGAAGCGCCCAUUAAGCAAUGCCCAGUUUGUCGGGUUUAUAUCGAACGCAACGAAGGCUGUGCUCAGAUGAUGUGCAAGAACUGCAAGCACACGUUUUGCUGGUACUGUCUCCAGAACCUGGAUAAUGACAUUUUCCUCAGACAUUAUGACAAAGGGCCAUGUAGGAAUAAGCUGGGCCACUCGAGAGCCUCAGUGAUGUGGAACCGAACACAGGUGGUGGGAAUUCUGGUGGGAUUGGGCAUCAUUGCCUUGGUGACUUCACCCUUGCUGCUCCUGGCUUCCCCGUGUAUAAUCUGUUGUGUCUGCAAGUCCUGUCGGGGCAAGAAGAAGACGCACGAUCCAUCUACAACCUAAACCUAAAGGACUCCUCUCAUGUCCAUGUGCCACAGACAUCUAGGGUUAUAAAGAGAAGCACAGUGAUCAAGCCCCCACUUAGUGAACUUGUCUCCUCCUUGCCAAACUUUGAAAGUGCCUCUGUGUCCAGACUUUGAACUCGCCUGCCUGCCUGCCUGCCUUUGGCAUCAGAAAAGGCCAUGGCCUGGUGGGUGUGUUCCUGUGUAAAGACAACUGAGUUCUGCCGUCUAGGCUGUGUCCACGGAGCAUGUCGGAAGCUUUGAGGUUGCUGAGAAGGGACUAACCCAUCGUCAUUUUAUCCUCCGGACGAUCCCACUAGACUAUUCCAACUUCCAGCCGCAUCCAGGGAGCCUGAGUGAACGUAGAAUUAAUGUAUUGUCAGUUGGCAACACGCAUCGUAACUGAGCAGCCAGAGUCUGGUCUGUGUUGAUUUGACCACCACAGGGGAGAAACCCACCCCACCCCUGUAGGAGGGAAAGGAUAAUACACUUUAAGGGGAAAUUGUCCUAAUUGCCACGCAGCAGGCUGCGGAUCUUAGGGAGUGGAUAUGUCGGUGCUGCCUCUGCAGGCUACUGGGUGUGCUGUUCCCGGCAUUCCUACGGUGACUUGGCAGGAACACAAUAGGUUUCUCCAUGUAUGAUCUCAGCUUCAAGCAGGAGAAACUGCUGUGCACAGGAAGUUAUCCCUUCCCAGUGUGAAAGGGUUGCAGCCUGUAAAACAAUGUGGCCUGAUUGAGUGGCUCUCCUUAGGCAAGAGCAACUUUGAUAACGUGAUAAAUUCUCCUCCCACAGCCAGUAGCUGUGGUCUACAGGAUUAUUUUAUGUGAAAUACGGGUCGAGUGGCAGAGGUUAAAAACCUUCAUCAUAGGUACCAGAGCCCUUUCCUGAGCUCUGUGUUCAUGCACCCAACACAUUGAGAAUUGGACCUAAAAGUACACACCACAAGUGAGUAUCAGAGUCCAUGUGUACAUGAAUCUGUGUAACUUGCUGCAUACCUAGAAUUUCCAUCCAUCGGGCAUGCUUGAGUAUAUCCAGUGGUACACACAAAAUAAAUGUUUCCUCAAAGCCAUUCUGUGUUUCCUUCUGGGACUAAUAUGGUUUAUUAUAAAUCAACCUAAAGGGUUUUUUGCAUAUUAUAUAUGUGAAUUUUGGUUGCAAGUUCAUAACUUACCCAAAGGUCUACACUCAUAAACAUAACUCUUUGAAAACAAUACAUAAUACAAUGUCAUGCCAUCUCUGUCUGUAAAAACACUGAUAAUCAAGUUAUUUACAUAUUUUGAGACAUAACUCAGAGCAGCUCUCUUUUCAGCAAAGGUUUGUAUUGCUCUUUCAGCAAAGGUUUGUAUUGCUCUUUCAGCAUUGGUCAGGGCAAUCCAAAUACUUCCUGUGUGUACAAAGCACUGAUAACACAACAAAAAAUGUAAGAGAUAAAAUGUAAAUGCUUUAUCAUAGAUGCUUUGGGUUGGUAUUGCCUUAUUGCGACUUAUGUUUCCCAUAUCCAUCGGUCAGAUUUUGAAUAAACGGGUUUUGAAAAGACAACAACUUUUUCUCCAAUGACAGGAUUGCAUAAUUGCCAUUAGCAACGUAGCCUGGUGCUUCAGGAGACCAUGUAGAAUGCUCAUAGAGCGCUCUCCUUGAAACUAGCAACACUGCAUCAGGGACUGUCCGAACCCAUCGUCUUUUCCCGAGGUAACUGGGUAACUAGGUUAUGAAAUUGCUGCUAUCCUGGAUCUAUUAUUAAAGAAUGAUGCUUUGCCGAUGUAACAGAAUGUAUCCUAAGUGGGGAUGUGUAUACUUAAGGAACUUUGGUUCACACGUACAUAAUGAUAUCUGAUAUAUGUAUAGUACAUCUCUUGGUCGUGUACAUUUUUAUUUACCAUUUGUAUAGAACUUAGAUGAGAACUCUGGGAAAACUUUUGAAUGGCAACCAACCAAAAACAUUUUUAAUCAUGUUUUGGAAAUUUCUCAAUCUUAAGUGUCUUUAUUUUCCUUUGAAACUCUAAACACUUCAGAACAAGAAUACCCUCUUCUAUCGAUGUAUUUCAUAUUAGUAUAAAUAUAAGUUGUACAUAAGUUUGAAUAAGUUGCUUUGUCUUAACACUGCCUCAGUAUAGCAAAGGGCAUUUAUAACUGCUCAGGGGAUCGCAGGGAUUCAGCUGAAAUUGAAUUUUUCUAUGAAGAAUGUCUGUUGUGGCAAUGUACUCUGGCAAGAGUGAACUCUCUGACCUUGAUUCCGCAAAGAAUCUUUGAACAGGGGCUGAUUUCGAAUAACCUAACAUCCUGUGUUAUCAGAGGCGGAGGUCCUAAAUUUAGAGUUAAAGGUAGAGAAAGACAUCCAUACUGUUUCCUUGGCAAAACUGAAGGAACUUGUCUUCUCAUAAAGGUACUGUAACAGAAUCAGCUACUUAUUUGUAGAGGAUAGGGAAUAGGGUGUUGAUUGUGAAGCAGACUUUAAACAACUGGAUUUAAGUUUUUAAAUGUUGAAAAGUGCCUGGAAAAUCGUAACUUCUUCCUUCUGUAGCACAUGAAUUGGCCUGUGUAAGAUUGUCAGCAUCAACAGGAACAGGUUAGUGGGUCUAACCUAUAUGUCUCUGGUCCAUCAAAGGACAAGAUGUAAGCUGAGGUAGAAACUUUGUUUACAAAGGAGAUAGCGGACAACUUGGGUAAUAGAGAUUGAUGUUUUCUUUUGAGAUGAUUGGCCAGGGAGAGAGUUCAACCUGUCUCCUUCCUCUGUAUGUCAGCCCUAUCUUCUCCUCGUGAUCCUUUUUCUGUCCUAGGAAGAAAUAUGGUUCUACAUGAUGAUGUUUGGAUAUCAUGGCAAAAAUCUUUGUUCUUGGAGCAUAUAGUCUAUUUGAAAUAGGAAUCGAAACUCCUUCACUAGAUUGUAAUCUGAAUGUAAUACCCCACCCCACCCCCGUUUCCCACCCCUCAUCCAGAAACACUAGCAGAUAUAAGGGCACAACAGCUAGCUGCUGACCCUCCUGGGAAUUUUUUUUCUUGUUAUGGGGUAGGGAGGCGAAGGGGAAAGGCCUGUGGAAGCAGAUAAUAGAAUCGUGUGCAUUCUGUUUGUUCACGCAAUGGGUGUUUGCUCUGGACUUGAAAUCUCUAUUUUGAUAAAGAAGCCUUUGAAAAACAAGGAAUUCACAGUGUGGAUUUUCAUGUAUCCUUCAUCAUGAAAACUUUACCUAUCUAGAUUUGAAAAUCUACAUGUUUAUGUGAAUGUAAAUCACUGUUUCUUGGAACCCCAAAUUGUCUCUUAAAAACUAUUCAGAAUCUAAAUAUGUGUUAUUUAACCCUUCUCUACACAGUGCUUGACUUUCUGUUCAUGAAUGGAUGCCUUUAUGUAUAUAGAACCGUGUAUAUAUGUGUCACUCUGAAGACAAUUUCUUAAUGCCUUAGAUGAAUGACAUUUUAUGAAGCUGUCAAAUGAUAUCUGUAGGCUGUUACAUCUCAUGUUGAUUCAAGAUCCAGAAAGUUUUGUUAUGUAUUUAAGAAAUUGCUGUUGUAUUUUUUUUCUGAUUAUUUGAGAGGGAAAUAGCUGUUUUAGUCUCUGUAGCCCCAAUAAAUGCAGAGGAGGAAAGCAAGCGUGGCAAACCUUUGUUGUGCUACAUGUUUCUAGACACAUUCAAUUUUAUCCUCCACGAACCACCCAAACACUAGUAAUUCCUAGGUUCAGAAUUUACAGAAAGCACCCAAAUCUGUGAUACCAAUUUAUGCAAAUAACUCUUGCUAUCUUGUUUCUUAAAAAAAAAAUGAGAGGAAGUAUAAUUGCCUUCACUUGUUGCAGGCAUUUGUGUUGUGUGUACGAUAUUCUACACGGUCAGCGCACAGGCAUUGGUCCUUAUCCAGAGAAGUAACCAAUAACCGAGGUCUUUGAUCAUUCUAAUAAAAAAUGCUGCCAGGCAUCAAAGCCAUUAGUUCUCUAAAAUGAGGGUUGGACUACGUGCUGUCUAUGGCCAGUUCUAACCUUCCACAAGUCUGUUGGAGGAAUGUUAAUUUCCUGGUUAAGAAAGUUAAGGGAAUUACAUGAGUGUUAAGGUCAUUUCCAUCUGAUUAGUAUUCAAGGCAGGACUCACCAAAGGUUGAAUACCUUGUAAGUUGGUUACCAACUAGAACUUGUGUUUCUGCAAAACUGAAAGCUCACAUUCCUAUCUUCUUGUGUUGGUUCCUCUUCAUUGACCAUUAUCUGGCUGCAGUAGGAUACUGAUGACAAAGACUUAGGAUUGACCUUCCGAUUCAAAUUCCGUAGUCUCAUCACUCAGUUUUGAGGAAAUCAGUAAGAUCAUAUUAAAAGAUUUUUUGGGUAUGGCUUCUUAAUUUGCUUAAUCAUUUCCUAGAAUGUCAACAUUAUUUCAUUUUUUAAGUGUCAUUGUUUGCUAAACUUGAGUUUGCAUCCCCGAAGAAUUAUUGAGUGAACCAUUUUAUACAGCAGUGAUUUUAAUCAAUGCCCAACUGGCAGACUCCGUGCCAUGUAAAUCAUGAGCCUAGUGAAUCUGAAGGAGAAUUAUAAUCAGGUUUCUCUGAAUUUCAAUUAUUUUCAUUUGUUAGAUAAUGUAUGUUUUGACCCUAAAGAUAGUAUCCCGCUCCAUGUUAUGAGAAAGAAAUGAACUUCAUCAAAUAAUUCAAUAGCAGUUACAAUGUUUGACAUAUAUUUUUACAUAUGUUUUUUAAAGAACUUUUGAGAACAAUCAUAUGAGAUAAAUGGAGUAGAUAUUAUACCUAUUUCAUAGAGAAAGCAGUGGUUUUAUGUUCCUGUCUUGCCAAGGGUGACACGACUGAUGAGUGGCAGCCAGAAAAAAGAAUAUGAGACUCCCUCAGAAUACUUUCACGCUUUCAUUAGUUAGGAAUUCUGAUCUGAUCCUGCCUCAGUCCUGUAUCUGUGAGUUCCAAGAGCAUGAACUCCCCUCUCAAUGAUCUGCAUCGGUGGAGGCAUAUGAAAGAAUAAUUUGUUAUUUCAAAUGAUCAUUUAGAGUCUGUGUUUUGAUGUGACUGGGGCAGAUUGCCUCCCUUGAGGUCAAUCCCAGUCACUCCCUCGUUGUGGAGGAGGAGAAGAAAUCAUUCGGUGGUGUGUGUCUUGCAAACAAUGGAACUAGAAUUACAGGUGGGUCUAUGUCCUUAUUUCAGAUGCCAACACAUUUGUCUCUUCUCCACAAUAUAAAGUAUAUUCUCACAGGUUCCUUUAAUGUUUACAGUCAACCCUCAGAGCAAUUGUUAAAUCCAAAUCUUUUCCUUUUAACACAACCAGCUUUGUGUAUAUGUGGCCAAUCUUUAAAUCAAUCCUUCGAUUGGCAGUUUCAAAAGCAAGAAAUGGGGCACUAAAUGAUGAAUUUAUUGAAUGAAUUCCUAACGUGUUUAAAAGAAGUUGUGCUUUGAAUUCCAUGUUGCCUCUAUGUUCUUCAAUUUUAUCAAUAGAAUUUUAUCAGUUUUCCCCCUUUUUUUAUAUGUUGAAACUGAAUUCAGGCUUUAGAUGAAAAUGAAGUCUGAUGUUCGCCAUUUGUAGUUCCUUAAUGAUCUAGUGUGAUCAAAGGAGUGUGAUCUUCUUUUUGGAGGAAUGGGUGGGUGGUUAACAUUAAUGCUGUUGAAUGCCUCCAAAUAAAAUGAACGUGAAAUUUUU